AACCUAUAUCUCUGUUCGUGAGUGACUCUGUAGCCUACCUGUACUGUUACUGUGAGUGGAACUGUGUUACAGGCUAUGACGGGACCGGAGAUCUGUGGCCAUGUAGACGUCAAAGUUCCUUCGAAAGGCAGGAAGUUUGGUCAGUGGAAGGCUUGGCGUAGACAAUGGUGUAUCGUCCGCUAUGGUCAUGGCAGCACUCUACAGCUGGUACUGGGCAGUGGUCACAAUAAUCCUACCAGUUGCAUUGACAUCCCUUACAAUGCCAUUAUUUGCAGAUCUGAGUCCAGGUCUCGACAGUUUGCGUUUGGGGUCUACAGUUCCAGCAGUAUCCGGCAGCCUAUUGUGUUCCUCGCCGCCCGCUCAGAGACUGAGGCCCAGCAGUGGAUGUUGCGCAUCAGAAACCUCAUCUCCCCACCAAAAAUCCCAGCCACUACAUGGAGGCAGGAAAAGUUCAGUGUGUCACUGAUAGAUAAUGCCCACUCUCGCAUUGCCGGGUUGGCAGGCCUGUUUGGUACCAUGAGCGUUGGUCUCACUGGUAUUACCAUCAACGACCCUGUCACCGGACAGAUCAGGAUGCACUGGCGUUGGUCACAGGUGAACGGGAUAACCCUACGACUCACCUCGGUAGCUGAGGAUGUCAACCACAUUCUUGUCCUUCAUACCUCCAGUGAGUUUUCGUGUGGAGAAGGUCUGCUGGAGCUCUUCUGUCUGGAGGGAGUGGCACUGAUGGCUCAUCUAUCACUGUACCAGAACAAGCCCUCUCAUCGCCUCACUACCUCCCCCCUGCCACCUAUCCCCCGCCAUCCACUGCUGGCAUUUCGGCGCCUGAGUCGCAGCGAAGGAGACCUACGUCGCUGGCUGCCUCUGCCAGACGCCAACUUCCACCUGCGCACUCAGAGUGUCUCCCGCACUCGUGUCUCUCAUGACAAGUUCAUCGAAGUCCAACACUCUUUCUGCCACCGGAGAGAGAGGGAAAAUACCACUCACGUUACUGCUGCCGCGUUCUUCCUCUUCAUUGUCACUGCUGUCACUGUCCGAAUCCUCUUCACUGGAGCUGUCAUUGCCGAUGUUUAUUACCAUCUGCUCAUCGGAGUCUUCCAUCAACCCUUCAUUUUUCCAAGCAUCCAGGAUUAUAUUCUUCGACUAGGACUCAUGCUGACCACUCCAGGCUGCAGUGAGCCUGACUCUCUCCAUGACUACCAGUGUCUGGACACUCUCUGGCCGGAUGAUUUUGAUACUCUCUCAGACCUCCCAGAUAUCCGCAGGUACCAGAAUAACGCCCGGAGAGAAUCUGGUGUCUCCAUUGCCUCUGGGAUCUACGAGGAGAUAGAGGAGCAGCCCAACAGAAAACAUGAGCUCAGUGGGUCAGAGGAAGAGUAUUGUUUGCCAGAAGAGGCCCUGAUAUAUUCUGUGGCGAAUGAGAAUGAAGAGGAGCCCCUAUACUUGCCCAUGUCCCCCGGAGGACGGAAAGAAGAUACGUAUGUUGUCAUGGCCAACCUGAUACACAAGAAUAAUGCCAUAUCUGAGCCAGUCAUAUGACAGCGUUCUCUUGCAAAGAAUCACCCUAAACUCUCAGUUAUAUGAGAACAUGACAACUCCGGCUGUUGGAGAAUAAGACACCCUCUCCUUGAGAGUCAAUCUGAGUAUAUCCACAUGAGGUACAAGCGCAAACAGUGUAACAGGGGUUAUACAGCUACGAGCUUUGUUUUUUCUAGUUUAAAAGGAUAAUUUUUAACCUGAUUAUGAUAGGUAAUACCGUAAAAUUCCUAUUUUUGGGUUAUUUCAAACAAUUUUUGCCACUAAAUACAAAGCUUCAAGUUACAAAAAUAAAUUGUUUAUAUGUAUAAAAGAAAUAGGUUUCACACUACUGAACAGCUAAUAUUGAAAAAACAAUAAUAGAGUAUAUUUAUAUUUAUUUCCAUUUUGGGUUUUAAUAAUUUUAUUGAUUUACUUUUAAAUAAUCAAAAAUAUGUUAAGUAAUAAAUGUAUUAACUUGAUAGGUAAAGAUUCUUAUUCAAAACAGGUAUGACUCGACUAUUGAACGAGAAGUGAAAGUCUCUGUUCUAAUAAGUUAACUGCUUUAAACAAUAGUUUAUUAUGCUGUAAGAGAAACCAGAUUCAUAAAAAAAAAGAAAAUACAUUUACAUUCAAGUAAUUACAUUGUAUAAAAACUGAACACAAUGAAACAUGUUUUUGAUGGAAUAAAAAGAGAACAUAACAAGCUGAUUACAGAACUAGUAAUUUCCUUUUUUUAGAUUCUUUUACUUCCAGUUCAGUUAUAAUAAAUUAUAUUGAUUUAGAUCAUGUUCACUUAAUGAUGUAUGUUAACACAAUACGUUAAAAUAUAUAAAUUAAGUUAU